CUCUCCGCCGCUCACAUCGGUUCGCCGGUGCCGCUGCUGCUGCUUCUUCGGCCGUAGCAUUUCAGGACCUUGCCCCCGUCGGGAACCUCGUCCGUCUAUUCCUAUGCGCCAGUCGUGAUCUAGACGGGCACGUUGUCCCAAACCGCCUUUUGUUUUCCGCAUUAACGGAUUUCCCCCCGGUAAUCUGGCGAAGGAGUUGAAUUUCUAAAUUUAUUUUUGCACGAAGGAAUGGCGUCGUCAGCACUGAAAAAAUCGGGCCGCGCCGUUGCCGCUCUGCUCCGAACGCAGCAGCGCGCGGCUCUGCCCGCGGCUUCCGCAUGCGGCUUCAAGACCAGCUCGCCAGUCAUGACAGGCGAAGAAACUCGCCUUGAGAAAACUGCGGGGAAGCCCACGAUGUUCCACUACUUGGACCUGCCGAUGCCCUCGGACAAGUCCUUGUGCACUUACAUCUGGAUUGAUGGUACCGGAGAGCUACUACGUUCGAAGACACGAACCGUCAACUUUGUGCCAAAGAGUGCUGAAGAGCUGCCUAUGUGGAAUUACGAUGGCUCCAGCACUUACCAGGCCCAGGGAUCCAAUUCUGACGUGUUUCUCAAGCCUGCCGCGGUGUUUCCCGACCCUUUCUUAAGGGGCAACAACAAGCUGGUCAUGUGCGAGACGUACAGGCCCAACAACGAGCCAACAGAAACGAAUCACCGAAACAAGUGUGCUGCUGCUAUGGAGAAGGUCAAGGACCAGGAACCUUGGUUCGGCAUCGAGCAGGAGUACACGUUCCUGGACACCACAGGCAAGCCCUUUGGUUGGCCCAAGGGCGGCUUCCCGGGACCCCAGGGGCCGUACUACUGUGGCGUCGGCACUGGGCGUGUAAUGGGCCGCGAUGUGGUCGAGGCCCACUAUAGGGCCUGCCUUUACUCUAACAUCAACGUCUCUGGAACCAACGCCGAGGUUAUGCCUUCCCAGUGGGAGUACCAAGUGGGUCCCUGUGUUGGCGUGAGUGCUUCUGACGAGCUCUGGAUGUCCCGCUACAUUCUUCAUCGCGUUGCCGAGGACUUCGGCAUCGUGGUUACCUUCGACCCUAAGCCCAUGACCGGCGACUGGAAUGGAGCUGGCGCGCACACAAACUUCAGUACUAAGGCGAUGCGGGCUGAGGGUGGAAUCAAGGCCAUUGAGGCGGCAAUCGCUCGCCUGGCGAAACACCACAAGCGCCACAUUGAGGCCUACGACCCAAAGCAGGGCCGCGACAACGAGCGUCGCCUAACUGGUCACCAUGAGACGUCAAGCAUCCACGACUUCUCGUCUGGAGUGGCCAACCGAGGCUGCAGUGUGCGGAUCCCACGGGCCGUUGCAGAGCAGAACAAGGGAUAUUUCGAGGACCGCCGGCCGUCGUCUAACAUGGAUCCCUACAUGGUCACCGAAGUUCUUGUCCGUACCUGCCUCCUUGAAGAGUAGACCAUGACAUCCAAGAGUUUUUAGUCGCAUGCCAACUCAGGGCUGCCUUCGUGAGCCUUCAAAAUUGUCUAGUGUGCAGAGCAAGCUGAACCCCUUUAGUUGAAAAUAACUGUUGUUUAGGUUGCAUGUCUUGACUAUAUCUGAAUGAGCUCAGUGAGAAUCUGCAUGACAGCCUAAUAGCUUUAGUUUCUCUCCAGUUGUGUGAAAAAGGAAAAUAGUACUGCCACUCGCAUUGAUCUAAUGGUAUCCUGAAUGUGAAAUUUAUUUUUACGCGAAAGAAAAGCUAUAAGAUAACUUCGCUGAAGUAUGGAAGAUAUUUGUAGUCUUGUUUUAAGAGGAACUUUAUGAAAUGUUUUCAACAUGUCUUCCAAUACUGUGUCCAUCAAAUAUGUUGGCUGUGAACGAAACGCUAAAAGGUGCACAGCCUGAACUCCAUUGGAGGUCGCCUAAGGUGUGCUGGGUCCGUUCUGUAUGCUUUGUGCCAGACAGCACUGGCUGCCACUCGGGGCUCACUGGUGCUCGUUGAACUGGAAAACACGCCGUGUAGUUAUCUUUGUUUCUCGCUCUUUGUCUGUUCAAUAUUAUGUAAACUGGAUAAGGUUCCAUGUUACCAAGGAAGGUAUCUGAAGAGAGGCACUCGAUUGUUUUCAUUAGAUGUUUGCAGGAAGCUACUCAUUGCUGUGGAAUUGACAUGACGUAACGCCACUCGAGAUUGUGCACAAAGCAGUCAAUUCUUCAAUUUUCCUUGGAUGUGCCUGUGAAGUUUAAAAAUGCCAAACAGUGGGAUGGUAUGAGAUCUUUCUUGCCUAUUGCAAUGUUAAAAAAAAGUUUUCCUCGUGUUGCAAACUGAAUGUUUCCACCCUCUCACUGCAUGUAUCUCGCGGUGGCACGCACAGAAGUUUCGAAAAGCAUGCAUCAUGGCAAACUCUUAUAUAUACAUAUAUGGGCAUCCUCAUGGCCACAACAUUCCACUCGUUUUGUACAGUUGCACAUGCAGCUUGCGUUUGUGAAACCUUUUUGUAAAUAAGAAUCUAAGUGCCCGUUGCCCCUGUGGGCGUUUUUAAGUAUCCGGCGUGCUUUUAUUUGAUUGACAUUUCUGAAACUCUAUAUAUUGUUUAUUAAAAAGGAAAACAAA